GUCUUCACUGAUCUGAUGGACUCUGUUGAGAGGAACAAGAAGAAUUUUGUGAAGGAGAUCGAAGACAAACAGAAAACGACAGAGCAACAGGCUGAAGACUUCAUCAAACAUCUGGAACAGGAGAUCUCUGAGCUGAUGGAGAGGAGCUCUGAGGUGAAGCAGCUCUCACGCUCUGAAGACCACCUCCACCUCCUCCAGAGCUUCAGGUCCCUGAAAGCUGCCCCACCCACCAAGAACUGGACCGAGGUCAGAGUCCAUCCUCCAUCAUAUGAGGUGACUGUGGUGAGAGCUGUGGCUCAGCUGGAGCAGAACCUCAGGGAGAAGAUGAAGAAGCUGUUUGAGGCUGAGCUGAAGAGGGCCCAGAAGUCUGAAGUGGAUCUGACUCUGGAUCCUAAAACUGCAAACCCUGGCCUCAUCCUGUCUGUUGAUGGAAAACAAGUUCACCGUGGUGAUGUGAGGAAGAAGCUUCCAGACAACCCAAAGAGAUUUUCUCAGUAUGCUUCUGUUUUAGGGGCUCAGAGUUUCUCUUCAGGCAGAUUUUACUUUGAGGUUCAGGUUAAAGGAAAAACUGGAUGGAUUUUAGGAGUGGCCAGAGAGUCCAUCAACAGGAAGGGACUCAUCACAGUGAGUCCUAAAUAUGGCCUCUGGACAUUUGGGUUGAUAAAUGUAAAUGAGUACGCAGCGGCUGCUGAGCCUUUAGUUCGUCUGAGUCUCCAGCCUGGUCCUGAGAAAGUGGGGGUGUUUGUGGAUUAUGAGGAGGGUCUGGUCUCCUUUUAUGAUGUUGAUGCUGCAGCUCUGAUCUACUCCUUUACUGGCUGCUGUUUCUCUCAACAACUCCACCCGUUCUUCUGUCUUAAUAAUAGAGGUACAAACUCAGCUCCUCUAAUCAUCUCUCCUGUCAGUCAAUCAGCCUGA